GCCGCGCCCUGGAUUGUGGGGCUCAAAGAGUCACGUGACUGAGCAACUUCCCGUCCCCUUCUGCAGGUUUUCCAGAGCCCUACUUCCUGCACUGUCAUAUAGAAGCGCGUGCCGGGGCUUAGUGCGUUUCGAGGCCGCUGGAGGCCUGGUCUGGGCGGCUGUGAUCUGAGAGUGCGGCCGCGGGAGCAUGGAGGGUCUUCCGGAAGGGAAGGCACCCGCGGCGGCGCUGGCCGCUGUGCUGAAGCAUAGCUCGGCGCUGCCCUCCGAGAGCUCCCAAGUCCGAGGCUACGACUUCAGCCGCGGCGUGGACUACCGUGCGCUACUGGAGGCCUUCGGCACCACUGGCUUCCAGGCCACCAACUUCGGGCGCGCAGUGCAGCAAGUCAACGCCAUGAUAGAGAAGAAACUAGAGCCGCUGUCGCAGGAUGAAGACCAGCAUGCAGACCUGACCCAGAGCCGCCGCCCACUUACUGGCUGCACCAUUUUUCUGGGCUACACAUCCAAUCUCAUCAGUUCAGGCAUCCGUGAGACCAUCCGUUACCUCGUGCAGCACAACAUGGUGGACGUCUUAGUGACCACAGCUGGCGGUGUGGAGGAAGAUUUUAUCAAGUGCCUGGCACCCACGUACCUGGGCGAUUUCAGUCUCAGGGGGAAGGAGCUACGUGAGAACGGGAUCAACAGGAUUGGAAACCUACUGGUGCCCAAUGACAAUUACUGCAAGUUUGAGGACUGGUUGAUGCCCAUUCUGGACCAAAUGGUGCUGGAGCAGAACACAGAGGGUGUGAAGUGGACACCUUCCAAGAUGAUUGCCCGACUGGGCAAGGAGAUCAACAACCCAGAAUCAGUGUAUUACUGGGCCCAGAAGAACCACAUCCCCGUGUUGAGCCCAGCGCUCACAGAUGGCUCCUUGGGCGACAUGAUCUUCUUCCAUUCCUACAAGAACCCAGGCCUGGUCCUGGACAUUGUUGAGGACCUGCGACUCAUCAACACACAGGCCAUCUUUGCCAAGCGCACUGGGAUGAUCAUCCUGGGCGGGGGUGUGGUCAAGCACCACAUCGCCAAUGCCAACCUCAUGGUGAGUGGGGACACAGUACUGUCUCUUGGGGCAAGAUCCGGGUGGAUGCACAGCCGGUCAAGGUCUAUGCUGAUGCCACCCUGGUCUUCCCCCUGCUUGUGGCUGAAACCUUUGCCCAGAAAAGAGAUGCCUUCAUGCCUGAGAAGAAUGAAGACUGAAUGGCUACAGCUCCAGGAAGUCUCCCCCUCCUCUAUUUAUUAG